CACCUACUUACCUCUCUCUCUCUCUCUCUCUCUCCCCUCUGUUUGUGAGUCUGUGCGUGUUCCAGGAAAGAUGGAGAAGGUCAAGCACAGCCAUGUUGCAGUGAGAGAUGUGAAGCUUCAUGUUGCCGAAAUUGGAGAAGGUCCAAAGGUGGUGGUGUUCUUGCACGGGUUCCCAGAGAUAUGGUACACGUGGAGGCACCAAAUGAUUGGCGUCGCCGAUGCAGGGUACCGCACCAUCGCCUUCGAUUUCAGAGGCUAUGGGCUCUCCGAUCAGCCUCUUGACCCUGAGAAGGGUUCUUUUGUUGAUCUUGUUGAAGAUGUUGCCGCCCUCCUUGAUGCCCUGGGCAUUGCAAAGGCCUUCCUGGUGGGGAAGGACUUUGGAGCUCUGGUAGCAUACCUAGUGGCAGCAGUCAAGCCGGAGAGGGUCCGUGGAGUCAUCACACUGGGCAUCCCCUUCAUGCUACCCGGACCCUCGAUCGUCCAAUCCCAUCUCUUGCCCAAAGGCUUUUACGUGCUCAGGUGGCAGGAACCUGGGCGAGCAGAAGCUGACUUUGGCAGGCUAGAUGUCAAGACGGUCAUAAGAAACAUCUACAUCCUCUUCUCAAGGAGCGAGCUCCCUGUCGCUGGCGAUGAUCAGGAGAUCAUGGACUUGGUCGAUGAGUCAACCCCGCUACCUCCAUGGUUCUCAGAGGAAGAUCUCGCGGCCUAUGCAUCCUUGUAUGAGAAGUCCCGGUUCCGGUUUGCCCUGCAGGUUCCAUACAGGUCUUUGGGGAGGGAAUAUGCCAUAGUGGAUCCAAAAGUUUCAGCUCCAGCGCUGUUGAUCAUGGGAGAGAAAGACUAUGUCCUGAAGUUUCCAGGCAUGGAGGACUACAUAAGAACUGGGCAAGUGAAGCAUUUUGUCCCAAACUUAGACAUCACCUUCAUGCCGGAGGGGAGCCAUUUCGUCCAUGAGCAACUUCCGGAGCAAGUGAACAGUCUCGUGGUUGACUUCCUGAACAAGCAAAAUAUCUAAUUAUGAGUCCCUUACUACGGCAGAAUUUCAUAUUGGUGAGAGUAAAUAAACUCAUUCGACACUUUUCAGUAUCUGUGAUCACUAAGGAUUCUUAACUUCCUACUUAAGGAUAAUGAGGCCUUCUAUUUGAAUAUCACCAGUAAUGAACUCUCAUGUUUCAUUAGCUUUGAAAAUGGAUGAAGUUGGAAAA